CGGAUUUGACGGCGCCUAUCGACGGAGCAGUGGUUUUCAUCCCGAGCAAGGACUAUCUAAGCAGGGCAGAGUUCUCGUGCAGUGUGGGCUACACUCUAACCGGUAUUUCAACUAGAACGUGUAUGGCAACCGGAGCGUGGGAUGGGUCCAGUCCAACGUGUGUUAUUAAAGACUGCGGUACGUUGUCGACACCAAUGAACGGAGAGGUAGAUCUCGCGCAGGGGACCAAGUACGGGGCCGAGGCAUCCUUCAAGUGUAAUACCGGCUACACGCUCGUGGGGCUACCUUUGCUGACAUGCACUUCAGCCGGAACUUGGAGCUCAGCUGCGCCUGUGUGUCAAAUAAACGACCAAAGUGCUGGCUGUAGAGAGGGUGCCAUAUGCUCUAAGAAUGAGCAUGAUGUGAAUCGCUUGAUAGUCAUGCCCGGCACGAACUGCGCCUCGUUCUGUCAAUGCACUACCUUGGCAACCAAUGCUGACGGAACGGUGACCUACCACUGGGUGAAGCACAACUGUUCGCCAGGCACCAAGUUUGAUUCGUCACUAAAUGUGUGCAACCAUGCUGGUGCCGUUGUGUGUGAAGCCAUAUGCUCUAAGAAUGAGCAUGAUGUGAAUCGCUUGAUAGUCAUGCCCGGCACGAACUGCGCCUCGUUCUGUCAAUGCACUACCUUGGCAACCAAUGCUGACGGAACGGUGACCUACCACUGGGUGAAGCACAACUGUUCGCCAGGCACCAAGUUUGAUUCGUCACUAAAUGUGUGCAACCAUGCUGGUGCCGUUGUGUGUGAAGGUACGAAUUAG